AUGUCGAAUUCCGACAUCAGUUUGAGCCCAACAAUCUCCUCCAGGUUCACGACCUUCUACGAUGCGAAGGCGUCUCUUGAGACGCGUCUAAAUCGAUACCAAGGUCUUGAUGGCCAGCAUGAUGAUGACACUCUCAAACUUUUGACGGCAACCUUCAAGUACCUGCCGCAAGACGGAAGAAUUCAUUUUGCGGAUGAUGUCGAUGACUGCGUUGAUGAUGAUGCUCUGCGACAGCUCGCUGACAGUCUUGAUACCGGCCUAUUGAGGCCUAUGCUAUCUCAAGGUGGUCAAACCCCAUCCAUCACCCCUUCUCCUCGGUUUGCAAUAGAAUACUCCAUCGAAGACCUUCAUGGACAGGAUAUUGAGUCUGCGACUCGGAACGACCAGCCCCAGCUUCGUGCGAGUUGCCUGAAACGAGACGGUCACCGGUGUGUCAUUACUCAAUGCUGGGAUCGAGACUUCCGGGAUCGCGAAAGUGAUGAUGAUGGACCUUUAGAGGCUGCGCAUAUAAUCCCGUUCACUUUGGGACGAUACUAUACAGAUGAUGAAAGAAGAUAUCUAUCUUGCGUGUGGGUCAACAUCUUUCGAUACUUCCCAAGCGUAAGGGCGCGGCUAAAUCUCUCCCUCGGCGACAUCAACCGCAUCGACAAUAUGAUGAUGCUUACCCCCUUUUGCCAUGCGGAAUUUGGAGCAUUUCGAUUUGUCCUUGAGGAGACUCCAACACCAAAUCGGUACCGAGUGAAGAAAUUUCCUCGGAUUUCUGGUUACUACAGCCGUAUGCUCCCUCCCGUAAUGACGUUCAUUAACUACGACCCUCAACACGCCCUACCAAACCCUGAACUCAUUGCUGUUCAUGCCGCUAUCGGCAAUAUUCUAAAUGCCAGUGGACGCGGCGACAAAAUCGAGAAGCUCAUUAGGGAUCUUGGAGAGGGUGGGCAGAUGUUAUCACCUGAUGGAAGCACCAGCGUUGGUGAUCUUCUCUCUGUGACUGAGCUUUCUACGUUGUUGUCGGUCUCGAACUUAGCAGAAACCAAGCAUGAAAGCGAGAAAGCUAAGCCACGACGAGCUCCAGCUGCCCUGCCAGGAGCCGAGAAUCAGCGCUCCGACGCUACCACUAGCAUCUGGCACUAUGGUGCUUAUCCACAGAAAGAUGAGGAGGCUGCUUGGGUCUGUGAGGCAAACUCACCAAUUGUGACGGCAAAGCUUGUCACUACAAAACCUAUCGGUGACAACCAAGAUGUACCCCAAACAUCGUUCAUUAACUCUGUUGAGUUUAUCCUUGCUGCAGAUAACCUGGGUCAGCUCCCUGGAUGGCCACUGGAUGUUGAAACUGUGCGUUUCUUGAGUGAUGCGGAGGAGCAGAACGCGAGCGAUCUCCCUGCACUGGUUGAGUCUGCACCAAAGCCCGGUAGAAACAUUUGGUCUAUGAAGGGCUUUUACGGCGAGUAUACUGAUGGGCUAGUUACCCAGCUCAGUAUCGUGUGGGGCCGUUCUUAA